AUGUCGCAAAGCGAAAUUGAUGCAGCUUUGGAGGCCUUACAGACCUGCAAGGCUGAUACGGAGACGGUGAAUGACCAAUCAGCUGCUCUAACUGACAGUAUCAAUCAGUUGAAAGUCAUCGACGACAACUUGAACAGCAGCUUGAGUGAUUUGGAUGAGAAACAAAUGCAGGCACAGGCACACGCAGAAAGCUUGGUUGAUCAGGCUAAAAUGCUGGAAAGUGUGUACACAGACACACGUGACACUGCUGCCCUAGCACUUCGAGCAGCCAACGCCUACGAGGGUAUUGUCAUGGCAAUCAAUGAUGCUCAAAACGCCUCACAAGCGGCAACAGGGGCAGCGUCCAGUGCACUGGGAAAGUCAUUUGGGGUUGAGGAAGUGGCUGACUCCAAAAGAGCUAGAAGUGCAGAGUUGCUUGCUGCUGCUGAAAAGAAGCUUGAAGAGACUGACAUGGACUUACAGGAAAGGCUCGAGGAUGCAACCUUCAACACAGACAAGGUGGAAGACACAAACCAGGAGUCAAAAGACCAACUCGACAAUGUCAACUUUCAACUGCCCUCACUGGAAACCGGAAACGUUGGGCAGAGGGCUCAAGAUGCCAUAAUGCAAGCAGAAGAAGCAAGUGGUAUGACGAAGGAUGCCGGUAACAAGGUCAAUGACAUCAUUCGAAAGUUGCCGUCAAACAAAGCCAAGGUCGAGCAACUCAUCAAUGAUUCCACAAAGACCAAGAAAAACACCCAAUACGCUGAUCAGCAGACUCAGGAUGUGAAAGAGAAAGUGCCGCAGAUCAUGGACUUGAUCGAGCUGGUGGGAACACAAUCUAGGAAUGUUCGUAGUCUUCGGGACAGUGUUAUGGGCAACAUCACUGAUCUCCGUGAGAAGAUUAUACUAGCCCGUGAUGAGGCAAACAGGAUCCGAGUUGGAAUGGAGUUCCUAGGAAACACAACAGUUGCCCUUAGAAAUCCACCAGAUGUUGACUUGGCUGGGUCAUACAGUCGCUUUACCACUUACAUUCGUACCCAACAAAGUGAUGCCCUGCUGGCUUACAUCGGUGAAGAAUUCAUCCCUGAACGAUCUGCUGAAGACUUCUUGGCCUUGGAGCUUCGCGAUGGCCGAGUAAUGUUUAAGUAUGACCUGGGGUCAGGACCAGCAGAAAUCAGUCAUCCAUGGAGCGUCAACGACAACAAGUGGUAUAAGGUUGUGGCAGAGCGGAUUGGUAAGACGGGUACACUGACAGUCAAGCGUGAUGUAGGUGUUGGGGUGGAGAGCGUGAAGGCUAGUGGUAAUUCCUCUGGGACCUUUACUGUAUUAGAGCUGUGCCUGUCACAACAAAGUUCUAUGUGUGUGGAGGGCAAACUGCCUAGAUCAGUGAUGGGUUCAAACUACUAUGAGGGCGCAAUGGAGGGUGUGGCCUUUGACAGCCAGCCAAUGGGAAUCUGGAACUUUGUGUAUGGUGAUAAUAAUUACGUUGGUGCUGUAGAGAGGUAA